AGCUGCGAUUCCUCGGGAGGCAAAGAGAUUUCUCAGCGUGAACAGCUCAGCAGCAACUCUCAUCCGGCAGAGAAGCAGAAAAGGCCGGAGUGGUCAUGUCAUGUCAGCAAGCGGCAGAGCUUCCCGAUGAUCCGUACACCUUCACGGAACCGCCGGCCACGGCGAUCUUCACCACUCCGCUGACGGGCAAAUUCAGCAAAUUGGCUUCAAUCAAGCACCAGCAGAUUCGCGCAAAUGGAACAAAUGUGAGCUACAUGAAUGGCGUCAAUCAUGGCUCCGCGAACAGCCACGUCCAGAAGCUGCCGGUGGCGUACGCGAAGGCGGGCGUCGCGGUUGUCAAUCAGGGCAAGAAGAUGACAUCGAAGAGUGUGUCGCCGACGGUUGUGGUGAAGACGCGUCCGCUGCAGCCGAUUAAUCAUUCCAGUGGCGGCGCAAAGGGUGUUCUGCAGCCGGGACGCACGUUCCAGUCGCUCUUCCAGCAGGAGGUGCUGAGUUCCAUUCGCAAGAAGACGUCGCCACAGCACGAGAGCACUGCAUCGACAUUCAGGGAGCCAAAGGCCACACACUUUCCCGCCACGAAGAAAGCCACCGUGAAGCAGCCGAGCGCGUCGGCACGCGUGAAGCGCAGCUUCAGCCAAUCGGCCCACCAUGAGGCGCUGCAGAGGAUACCGGUUGUCGAUGCGAAGCCCCUGGAGACUGCCGAGACGGUCUGGCAUGCGCCGGACUCAUUCAUCUUUGACUAUGACGCGGCGGGAGUGUGUCCGACGCCGCGGAGGAUUGAUCAGGAGUUGACAAUGUGCGCCCAGAAGCACUGGUUCGUGGAGUUCAUGCCGCCCUCGAUGGCGCUGAUGACGCGCGAGCAGCAGCUGGAGCAGAAGGCGGGACACCUGAGGCGCAAGGCCAUCCAGUAUGCCAGAGCGCUGGAGCAGAGGAGUCUCGUGGUGGCGAAGAAGAGGCUCGUGUGCGUGUCACAGGCGCUGGAAAAGUCCCGCGGCAAUCAGACCGAGACCCAGGAGGAGCGGAAGAAGUGCUGUCUUUCUGGCUGCGAUAAUGAUUCCUUGGCUCUCACGGCGUAUUGCUAUCUGCACAUCACGCAGAAUACGGAGCAGAAGCUCUUCUUUCCGUGCACGGCCAAGUUUGCCGACAACUCUCAGUGUCGUGUUCCCGUGUUUGACAUCUGCCACGAGUUGCCGCUGUGCAGAGAACACGCAUGGAAGAGGGACAACUACAAGCGCAUGCUGGAGGUGCAGAAGCCGAAGAAGAUGGCACGAAAGAAGCCAAGACCGUGUGCAAUGACGCGACCACUGAAGCGGAACAAGAAGAAAAAGCGAUCAUCGUCGGUUGUGGUGAAGAAUCAUGCGUCUGUCGAGGUGUCGGCGUACAAUCAUCAUCAUCAUCAUCAGGCUGCUGUUCAGUUGCAAGGACAAGCGACUAUCGCGCAAUUACCACAGAUGCUGCAACAGCAACAGCAGCAGCAGCCAACUAAGCAGUUCAUCAUUGCAAAUCCUAAUGCGCAGAUGAGUCAAAUUGCAAACACACAGAUUACAACUCAGGAAUUGCUGAACAUUUGCGAGAACAGUUCGGCGUACGAGAGCUCCGAGGACACGGGAGUUGGUGGACUGUCGGAGUCGGAAUUGAUUGGGGCCAACGAUGUCAUAGAGGAAAUUGCGCUGGGCGACACGAGAUUGCUGGAGGAGAGCGAAUUGAACAAUGUGCUCAAUCAAUUUCCGGAGGACGCCUUCAAUGAAUUAUUUUCAGUUCAACAUCCCGAUCAAGAAGUCUUCGAUCGCGUGCUCGAAGCUGUGGAUGAACAGGUGAAGACACUGGAAAUGACCGGAGAUUCCAAUUUCCUCGGGGAUUUCCUCGAUGUUGACGAUCAAAUGCUGGAGGAGUCAGAAAUGUCGGACGGAUUGCAAGCGUCUGGCGGAUCAGAUAUUCGUGGUUUGGUUCAUACAUGAAUUCAUCAUUGCAAUUCUUUUGCAUGUGUCCAAAAGACUUUGGCAAACAUUUCAAUGUGGAUUUGUGAAAUUUUGAGCACUUUAUUCUUUUUGGGUGUGAGAAAGACACUCUGAGGAGAGAUUUUUCUCGUAAAUUAUAGCAUCAUUAGAGGAAGGAGAAAAAGAGCAUUUCUUCUGGACUUUCAUAUAAAGCAAAAUGUAUGAGAAAAGAGGGUGUGAUGAUGUGUAAUUUAUUUAUUGUACUGUAAGUCUUUUGCAAAACACUUUUUUUUAUCAUUAUGUUAUUUCAAGAGUUAAGGAAGUCCGAAAAGGAUAAAUCUGAGAAGAAUAUCGCGCGAGAAUUUAGUGAGUGAAUUAUGAAAAGAGAGAGAAAAACUAUAGUGAAGUAGCAUCUGUGAAUAUUAAAAAAAAAAAGUGAAUUUUCUUGGAAUGCGAUGAAAAAUGGAGAUAAUGAAUGGUAUAUUGUUCAAUGUGUGUGUGUGAAUUCGAGUCAAGGAGACUUUUGAGUGGCUGAGAAAGUGUGGAAGAGGGAGAAAAUGGUGAGAAAAAUAGAUGAGAUUGCAUGUGUCCAACAAUUAGUCGAUACAAUUCUCCUUUUUAUUGAAGGGACGAAGCUUAUAUAUAAAUGAAAAACGAAAGAGUGUGAAGAUGAAAAUAGAUAUGUAGAAACUAAAGGAAGAGUACUGCAAAAAAAAUUUUAUUUACUCCUGCAUUUGUGAUCUUUUUAUUAACUAUAUACAAUAAUGUACUGAAUGUCAACUUUUUAUUUAGCGCUAUAUAAUGAUAAUGUAAUGAAGUUUGGUGGUGAAGAUGAAACAAAUAAGAAGGUAGAUAAAUUUGAGAAAACGAUAGGUAAAAUAAUUGAUGAUAUAAAUCAUUUACAAUGUAAAAGUGUAUAACGUUAAGAAAAAGAGAGUAUCGGAGAAAUAGUAGAUCUUUUCUCGUCUCAAUACUUUGAACAAAAACAAAAAAAAAAUAUCAUGAGUGUGGAAAAUUCCAAGAAAUCCAGUAAAACAAGAAAGAGAGAGAGAGAGAGAGAAAAAUGUAGCGAAAAUUGCCGUUUUGUUUGGUUUUGCGUCGUGUACGCGCAAUUGUGGAGAGAAAGAGAAAAAUUGGAUUAAAGAUUACAUUGCAAAUUAAUGAAAAAUUAGGUGAAAAUACGCAAUUAUCAAUUAGGGUACAAUCUCCGCAGGCGAGAUUGCAUUUGAAAUUGCUGAACGCUAGAGAGUUUCACAUUGGUAACUCACCUGAGAAAAGGCCCACCAAAUCGAUAACACAAAAAUUUGAUUUAUUUAUUGAGCAAAAGGCGACAUGAGGAGGAGAAAAAAAUUGUACUAAUUGGAUAAAUGUUUCAUCCCUUAAUCGAUAAAUCGAAAAGUAUAAACACAAAUGUAUAUCCUAAAAUUAAUUACUCUAAUCGGAUUAAAGUGGACAAAACAAAUUGAGUCAAGUGUUAAAGAAUAAUUCCUAGUGAAAGAGAAAAAAAAAAUACAAAUACGUGUAAUACAGUGAAUAGAAUUUUUUCCUUUUGGAGAAAAAAAAUCAAUGUUAUUUCAGCGUUUUGAGAAGGCAUUCAAGGACGGGGGAUAGAAAAUGCCAACAUAUUUUGGCAAAGGAAGUUGUGAAAGAUUAAAAAAAUUGACAAAUGGGGAAUGAAAUUUAAUGUGAAACCAAAUAUUAA